AUGGUUCUUGCCGACGACAAUCUUCAUGAGGCUCAUCCAUAUUGGUAUGCUCGAGUCAUUGGCAUAUUUCACACUCAAGUUCAGUACAAUCUGCAAGUAUAUGAGGUGCCAUUCUUAUGGGUUCGGUGGUUUGGUCUGGAUACACAGUUUAGAUUUGGGCAUGCCUGGAAGCGCCUUCCUCAAGUUGGUUUUUUAGAUGGGUAUAAUCCAGCUGCCUUUGGUUUCCUCAACCCUUCCUAUGUUCUUCAAGCAUCCCAUCUCAUUCCAGCAUUCGCUCAUGGUCGCUGGGAUGAUAUUUUACUGCCAUCUAUUGCUCGCCUUCCAGAGGACAACAAUUGUGACUGGUCACAGUAUUAUGUAUCAAUAUCUUCCCGCUAUGUGCCUGGUAUUGCAGUCAGACAUUAUUUUAUUCAUAUUCCAACAGGUCAAGCUGAAGCUGAGGCUGACAAUGAGGAUAAUACUGAGGCCAAUAUUUCAACUCAGGAUGACGAUAUCGGGACGCAAUUAGAGGAAGAAGACUCACCAUCAGAAGAGCUAAACGAUUCUGCCUACCAGGAUCCAGACUCAGAAUGGGAGAGUGAUGAUGACAGGUCGGACGGGUCAGAGAGUUAUGAUAGCAGUCAAGAAUUUGUCGAUAUGGAUACAGAUACUCUGUGCGCUGAGGGUUAUGCACACUUGUAG